UGGACGGAGGUGUCACAGCGUGGUCCUGAGCUCCGGCUCGGAGCUCACAGAGCUGAUGCUGAAGAUCCAGAARCUCRUCGCAGAAAAUGGAAACGGAGUGUUUGAGAUGCAGGAAAGCAUCUCAUCUGGUUUAUUUUGUUCUUCCAGAGAGGUUGAGGCCGGUCACUGAAAUCCGCCUGGUGCUGCUGGGAGCCAAGGGCUCAGGGAAGUCCUCCGUCCUGAACACCCUCCUGGACAGAGACGGUGUCCAGCAGCCCAGGAGCACAGCUCAGUGCCGUGUUGGAGGAGCAGUGGUGUUUGGGAGGCAGCUGACGGUGGUGGACACGCCGGGCUGGUGGAGGAACUACUUCUGCCACGAGACGUCCGUCUUCGACCGCAGGGAGAUGGCUCUCAGUCUGUCUCUCUGUCCUCCGGGGCCUCAUGUCUUCCUGCUGGUGAUCCGCACGGACCGGGCCUUCACCGAGACCCACAGGAGAGCAGCGCAGGAACAUCUGGAGCUCCUCAGCGAGCACAUCUGGAGCCGCGUCAUCCUGCUGUUCAGUUUCGGGGACUGGCUGGGGGCCACGAGGACGGAGCAGUACCUGGAGACGGAGGGAGAGGCUCUGCUGUGGCUCGUGGAGAAAUGCUGCAACAGGUACCACGUCCUGAACAACAAGACCAGAGGGGAYGGCUUUCAGGUCAGAGAACUGAUCGGGAAGAUUGAAGAAGUGAUGGGUGGCUGCACCGACCGGUGGCAUUAUGAGAUAGAAAGGAAAGAGCUGGAGGUGCUGGAGAGGAGGAUGAAGACCGAGGCUGACAGAGCCAGAGAGAGGCGGAUGAAGAAGGACCGACAACGACAGGAGGCCAGGACUGAGCUGGAGAAGCUCGGCCCUCUGCAGGAGCUCACAGUGAUUCUCGCCGGCUGCAGGAAAGCAGGAAAAAGCUCGAGUGGAAACACCAUCCUCACCAGAGACAGCUUCCACACCGACACCCACACCAGCUCCUGCAGCCGGCGAACCUGCCGGCUCUCUGAGACCACCGUGUCGGUCGUGGACACGCCGGGACGCUUCCCGGUGACCCCCGACCUCCUGACGACACCCUCUGCUCUGCUGCUGGUCGUCAACCUGAGCGCCUCCUUCACCCGUCUCCACGGGGAGCGCGUGGAGGAGCAGCUGGAGGGCGGAGGGGUCCGGCUGUGGAGCAGAGCCRUGGUGCUGUUCAGCCACGGCGACCGGCUGGGAGACGCCAGCAUCGAGCGGCGCAUCGAGAGCGAAGGGGAGCCGCUGCGGAGGCUCGUGGAGCGCUGCGGGAACCGCUACCACGUGUUGGACAACAAGAGCCGGGGAGACGGAGCUCAGGUCAGGGAGCUGCUGGAGCUGCUGGAGGAGAUGCUGGUUGGAGCGAGGCUGGCUGCUCUUCAGACAGGAGAUCAGAUGUGGAAACAGCCUCGUCCUGCAGAGAAGCAGUCAGCUGCAACAAGCAGCAGAUAUCAUGACACAGCUGAAUCAGCAGCAUCCUCUCCACCACUGAGCGCUGCAGAGGCUUCAGGAGCUGCUCAGGUCGUGGCCUUUGCAGCAGGAGGAAGAAGACCGACUGGAUUCCUGGUUUUGGACGGAGACAGUUUAACGUCUUUCAUSGCCUUGGUGCUCAAACAAGGACUGAGAGACCCAGCUGGAGGGUUCCCUGAUCCUUACAGCCUCCUGAGACUCGGUGACAGUGACGUGCUCCCACCCAGACGUCGCAGCAUGCUUCUGGUUUCACGUCAGAGUCAGCCAGGCGUGUGCUCGGAGGAGGAGGGUGUGAGCGUGCGCACCCUCUGCCACCCUGCGCUGAGAGGCAGAACUCUCCGGAGGAUGUCUGAGUCUGGAGACCUGCAGGCCCUGCUGGACCAGUCGGGUCACAGCAACCUGAGCGAGCUGGAGGCCUUCAUCGACUCCUACUUUGAGACGGUGUGGGAACGAACCAUGGGGUCAUUUCAGGCCCCCGAACCCGGCCCCCCCACUGCCUCGGAGUGGGACCCUCAGGUCAGGGAUCCUGAAAGAGAGGAGGUGCUUUCAUCUAUAGAUAGAAAGCUGUCCAAACUGCAGCUCCUGGAGGAGAUCAGGGGCGAUUUGGCAGAGCUGAGGCAGAACCUGGAGAGCAGCUGGAGAGCCAUAAAUGAUCUCAGAGACCAAAACGAAAAGAUUUAAACUUUAAUUAGUUUUACACAAAUACCAUCCAGUUCAUGUGCUGCAACGUUUUGUUCAGACGAGUUGCUUCAUGAAAGUAAAGACAUGAAGUUAAACAGAAGCUUCGUCCGUUUUAAUUUAUUUGAAAAGUAAAGUAGUGUUUUCUAACAGUUCUCCACAAGGUGGCGGUGUUGCACAACAGAAGGUUUUACACAGUGUGUUUGCAGAGACUUGAACUUUCACUGCACACUUCACAGAUUUUAAAAAAGCCGAAAUAAAAAAGCAAAAUGAUUUUGCAGAAACCCUCAGUGAUCUGAGUAWCAAACAUUUGUUACCACUUCCCAAUAUUUUCUAUUUGACUCUCACGCUUUUUUUGCUUUGGGCUCAUUUUUCCAAUUCUCUUAGCUAUUUAGGAUCAGAAGAAGCUCAUAAAUGUUUAUUUUUUUCAGUUUUGUGUAUUUAUAACUGUUCUCUUUCACAAAAGUACACAUCAACAAGGAAGUAAAAUGGUUUUAAAAUAUUUAGAAGAGGUGGUGACUUUAAGCUUGAAAGUUGUUAAAUGUUUUUUUAUGUAUCUGUUUGAAUUAAAGAUGUGCAUUUGACUUUUUUAAGUUUU